AUGCAUUCGAGCCACGCCGAUGACCCCAAGGAAGCCAUACAGCUGAUCAAGAAGCAGCUGGUGAACGCCAUCAAGGCGUUGCAGAAGCAGUACGUGACCUCGGAUGCUGUUGUCACCAGCGACGAUGGGAACGCCAACACCCUCUGCAGCGCCCUGGAAGCCGUUUUCGUGCACGGGCUGAAGGCGAAGCACAUCAAGACGGAGAGCGGGGCCAAAGGGAAGAAAGCUGGAGGUCGGGGACCGCUCCCUCAGCCGGUUUUUUGGGGGUUGCUGAAAAGUAUCACCCAUCGAAAUAUCAUCUCCGAGCUGGAACAACUCAUCUUUAUCAAUACGGAUGUCGGUCGCUGCCGAGCCUGGCUGAGGCUGGCUUUGAACGACGGCCUCGUGGAGUGUUACCUGCAGCUCCUGCUGCGGGAGAAAUCCCGGCUGCCCGAAUACUACCAGGCAACUGCUUUGCUUUUAGAUGCUGAAGAGUGCGAGUUCCUCCUUAGCUACUUGCAGGGCUUAUCCUCCUUAACCUUCGAGCUCUCCUAUAAAUCAGCAGUUUUGAACGAGUGGACUAUAACGCCUCUGUCCCUGUCGGGUUUGUGUCCCGUUUCGGAGCUGCUGGAGCCCCUCACGUCCUCGACGUCCGAAUCCCACAGAAAAGCCUCGCUGGGCUCGAUCUCCCAAUCGUCGGGGUCGGAUGAGAUCGAGAUUCAACCUUCCGCCCUCCCUAACGGCAAAGCUGGCGGCAAAAUCAAGCUCACGUCGUCCUCGUUGAGCCUCAACACCACGAGCUCGUCCCAGCUCUCCUCCAGCCUGGGCUCCGAUGGCGUCCUCCCGCCUCCCUGUGCCCGCAGCCCCGAGCGGAGCGAGGAGCCGCUCUCCUGCGACUCUGACCUGGGCACGGCCACCGCCGAGGACCUGGACAGGUCACUGCAAGA